GAAAUGUUGCCGGCAGCGGCGGCAAAUGUGGCGGCGGAGAGCAAAUUCGGUGGUCGUCGUACCACGAUGUGGUUCGUGUGGUAGAGAUCCAGAAGGUUCUGGACAUAGGCGGAGUGCAGACGUACGUGAUCAACAAUGCCAGAGUGCUCUUCCUCAACGAGCGGCCCCAGCCACAUGCUAGCUGCAAGGGCGCCUCGACCCACAAGUGCGAGAUCUGCGCUCGAUCUCUCCUCGACCCCUUCCGCUUCUGCUCCCUAGGCUGCAAGUUGGUGGGAAUUAAGCGGAAUGUGGACGCGACCUUCGUGCCGCCGACAGAUGAGGAAGACGACAAGCUAGCUGCCAGCGCCGCCGGCGGAGGCGGCCAGCAAUGGGAAGAUGCGGCGGAGGAAGAGCAGAACAAGACGGUUCGGUCACGCGACUUCCGCUCGGCCAUGCUGCCUAACUCCCAGAGCCCCGUUCUCUUC